AUGUCGACCCCAACACCGAAUGAAAAAGUUUCUUCCGAUUUAAAGCUGCAUUUGGACCCCAUUACUGGGGAGCAAGUCUCCAAAUCCGAGCUCAAGCGACGUCUAAAGCAGCGAGAGGCAGAGGCUGCGUCUCGGCUUACACGUUCCGCAGAAAAGCUUGCAAUCACCAACGACGACAAACCAAAUCACUUGGACGAAGAUGAUCUGGAUCCCAAUCAAUAUUACGAGAAACGAUCUCUCAUCAUUUCCGAGCUGAAAAAGAGGCCCGAAACAUAUCCAUUCCCACACAAGUUCGAGGUGUCCAUUUCAAUUCCGGAGUUCAUUUCGAAAUACGAGCAUUUGGAGAAUGGCAGCCAUCUUUCUGAGGUCUCGCUUUCGGUAAGUGGCCGCAUUUACUCCAAACGGACAGCAAGCUCGAAGCUCUUCUUUUAUGACCUCUUUGGCGAUGGGGCAAAGGUCCAAGUCAUGGCUAAUUACCAAUUCUACGCCGGAGAUUCUGAUGCCGAUUUUCCCGCCAUAAAUGAGCUCUUACACCGGGGAGAUAUCAUUGGCGUGGUGGGAAGCCCCGGUCGCUCCAAGAAGGGAGAAUUGUCGAUAUUUCCCUCUAAGCUGAUUCUUUUGUCCCCAUGCCUACGCAUGCUUCCAAAGUCCCAUUUCGGCCUCAAGGACCAGGAGACCCGCUAUCGCCAGAGAUACUUGGAUCUUAUCAUGAACAAGCCUGUUUUUGACAGAUUCAUCUUCAAGUCCCGUCUGAUAUCGUUUCUAAGAUCCUAUUUGCACGAGAUGAAUUUCAUUGAGGUUGAAACGCCCAUAAUGAACAUCAUCCCCGGUGGCGCAUCUGCCAAGCCGUUUAUUACUCACCACAAUGACUUGGACAUGAAGCUGUACAUGAGAAUUGCUCCCGAGCUGUAUUUAAAGAUGUUGGUCGUAGGAGGCUAUAACCGUGUCUUUGAAAUCGGGCGUGUCUUUAGGAAUGAGGGCAUUGACUUGACACAUAACCCUGAAUUUACAAUGUGCGAGUUUUACAUGGCGUAUGCCGAUGUCAACGACCUUUACGGCAUUACUGAGGAUCUGCUCCACAAGAUGGUUACAAAGUUGAACGGAAGCGCACAGGUUACAUUCCAUCCGCUUCAUUCCAAUACCCCGAUUGAGAUUGACUUUACGCCUCCAUACAAAAGACUUCCAAUGAUCCCCAGCUUGGAGGAGGCUCUGAAAAUCACGUUUCCGCCUGCUAGCACCUUCCAUACAGACGAGUUCAAUGCCUUCCUGAACGAUCUCUGCAUCAAACACAAAGUUGAAUGCUCUGCGCCCCGUACAAGUGCUCGGCUAUUGGACAAGUUGGUUGGGGACUUUUUGGAGACUCAGUGUAUCAACCCGACAUUUAUUACGGAACAUCCACUGAUCAUGAGUCCGCUAGCCAAGGAUCACAGAUCCAUUCCCGGGCUAACAGAGCGCUUCGAGCUUUUUGUUGCCGGAAAGGAGCUUUGCAAUGCAUACACAGAGCUCAAUGAUCCAAUAGAGCAGCGCAUUCGAUUCCAGCAACAAAGCUGUGACAAGGAAAAGGGCGAUGAUGAGGCGCAGCCUAUUGACGAGGGCUUUAUCACUGCACUUGAGCAUGGCCUUCCACCGACCGCUGGAUGGGGCUUGGGCAUCGAUCGUCUCACCAUGUUCCUGACCGAUUCCUACAAUAUCAAAGAGGUGCUCCUUUUCCCUGCAAUGAAGCCCGAAGCCAAUUGA